GUGUGUGUGUGUGUUUUCUGAAAAAUUCUGCUCAGCUGAACUUGGACAUCCCAGACGGACGGGAAGGCAGGCAAGCAGGCAGGCAGCUCUCUCGGUCUGGACAAGAACAAGAACAGCACAGGAGGAGGUGGUCAUGGAGGCUUUGACGGAGCGUCUGGAGCGAGCCGUGACGCGACUGGAGCAGCUGGCGACGUCCACAAGUUUGUCGAACGGCGACUGCGUCAACGGCAUCAAUGGGGCUUCGACCGGGUGUGUGGACGCCUUUGAUGUUCUUCUGAAAGGCCCACUGACGGACUACAUGAACAUCAGCAGGACCAUUGGGAGUGACGUGGAGAGACACGCAGAGAUGGUCAGCGAUGCCCUGCAGACGCAGCGUACCUUCCUCAAAAUGGCGGCCGAGCACCAGAAACCCGCGAAGACGGAGCUCCACGACCUGCUGAAGCCCAUCUCGGACCACAUCCAGAAGAUCCAAAGCUUCCGGGAACGCAAUCGCGGCAGCCAGCUCUUCAAUCACCUUUCGGCCGUCAGCGAGAGCAUCCCCGCCCUCGGCUGGGUGGCCGUGAACCAAAAGCCCGGCCCUUAUGUGAAGGAGAUGAACGACGCAGCCACCUUCUACACCAACAGAGUCCUCAAAGACUACAAGGAAACCAACCGACGUCACGUGGACUGGGUGCGCUCGUACCUGUCCAUCUGGGCCGAGAUGCAGUCGUUCAUCAAGCGCCACCACGCCACCGGACUACUCUGGAGCAAGACGGGUCCCCUUGCCCCAGCCGCCCUAUUGGAAAGCCCCAGCAUUCCCUGCCCUCCGCCUCCACCCGCAACCCCGGCUGAAGAACCCCAGGCCACCGGAUCCUCCGGGCACGCUGCACUAUUUGCCCAGCUUAAUCAGGGCUUGGACAUCACGAAAGGUCUAAAGCACGUCUCAGACCACCAGAAGUCCCACAAGAACCCACAUCUGCGCUCCCAGGAGGCACCAAGCGGUAAAACCGAACCCAAGAAGUCAGCCCCGCCGGCGGCCCCUCAGAAGAAACCCCCACUGCUGGAGCUGGAGGGGAAGAAAUGGAGGGUGGAGUACUUUGAGCACAACCAUGACCUGACAAUCGAGGAGACGGAGUUGCGGCAGGUGGUCUACGUGUUGGCCUGCAACGAUACCACACUGCACGUUAAAGGGAAGUUGAACUCCAUCGUCGUCGAUAACUGCAAGAAGCUUGGGCUGGUGUUUGACAACGUGGUGGGAAUCGUGGAGAUCAUCAACUCCAAGGCCAUUCAGUUACAGGUAUUAGGAACUGUGCCCACCAUCUCCAUCAAUAAAACGGAAGGAUGUCAGCUGUACCUCAGUCAACAGUCCUUAAGCUGCCACAUCGUCAGCGCCAAAAGCUCCGAGAUGAACGUCCUCAUACCGCAAGGAGACGAUGACUACAAAGAGCUGCCGCUUCCCGAGCAGUUCAAGACCGUCUGGGAUGGAUCCAAAUUGGUGACCGAACCCAGCGAAAUGGCAGGUUGAUUGAUGGUUAGCAUGGCAAAUGCUAACAGUUAGCCUAUUGGAUGGCCCCACCCCCAAUAUUUUAAUACUAUCUAUGUUUAAUAUAAAUUAUGUUAUGAGACUAACAGUAUGCUGAAACUAAAGCUGUCAUAAAAAUGGAAACAUUUACAUUUUCUGCUCCGUAUGAAGGCAAAAAAAAUCGCUCAACCUACCCCAAUUUAUCUCUUUAUGAGAUCACUCCUUUACAUGUAUCACAAUUUGUAUGAAUGUCAGCUAUCACUUGAUUGCAUCAUAGAACUCGUUCCAUGCAGUUAGUCCACAGUGCGUGAUAAAUAAAAACCUUUAUUGUCCAUGAAACCAAAACCAACUUUUUAUAAAUAAAAUCUCUCUGCCGUU